UAGUGAGGGAAUCAAAACUACUAUAAAAAAUUGUUUCUGCCUUUUGUUGGUUGGUGUUGGUUGGUGUUGGUUGGAAUACUUAUGACUCUCGUGGAUCGAUUCGCUGGCGCGUAAAGCAACGCCUCCCCUCUGUGAAUGCCGCAAGCAGCCGUGAAUUGUACGGUGCCAAACUCAAAAACCAUUCGGGGUAUGUGGAUGCUCUGUGUGACCUGUCACAUGGCCUUUUAGCGCUUGUUUCAAAGAUUAGAUCACUCGUUGCUAGUGGUAGUAGCUACUCGAGUAGUGAAUCCUCCACAGCGGCCCGAUGUGCGUGAUGCUAAGCAUAGAGGGGUCCUCUCCAUCCCUCUCAUACAGUACAAUCUCGAACCUUCCCACCUUCAACCACACAUCUUCUACAGCUUUCUGCAACACCACACCAUCGCAUCAUCAUGGAAUUUAAUGGGUCCUCCCCUUUUCCAGAAGGGGUCAUCUCCUUCCUCGAUACUGAUCUCUACAAAUUGACAAUGCAAUGCGCCGUCCUCAAGUACUUUUCAAAGGUUCCAGUCUCGUAUGCCUUGCACAACCGCACUCCGGAAAAGAAGCUAUCUAGAGCAGCUUUCAAAUGGCUUCAAGUACAGAUCAACAGUCAGUCACCUAAAAAUGCCCAUAAAUUGCUACUAUUGCUAACAAGUAAAAGAAUUGGGCAACAUCGCGCUCUCGGCGGACGAGUUGCGCUUUCUGAAGUCAACUUGCACAUACCUGAAUCAGCCAUAUCUCGAUUUCCUCCAAGACUUCCGUCUGAAUCCGCGCGAGCAAAUCGAAGCCACUUUUACCCCGGAAAAUGACACAGGAAGCGAUGAGGAUAUCGGGGAGUUUUGUCUGAGCAUCAAGGGAUUAUGGGUGGAUACUAUUCUUUACGAAAUUCCCCUCCUGGCUCUGACGAGUGAGGCUUAUUUCCGCUUUAUGGAUACGGAUUGGUCGUACGAUGGACAAGAAGACAAAGCGUAUGCGAAGGGGAUGCGCUUGCUCGAGGCAGGGUGUGUUGUGUCGGAGUUUGGUACACGCAGACGUAGAGACUACCAUACCCAAGCCCUGGUCUUUCGCGGACUGGUCAAGGCGAAGAAGGAAGGGGAGAGAAUUGGAUUACCUGGCAAGAUCUCUGGGACGAGUAAUGUUCACUUGGCAAUGAGAUUUGGUAUUCCCCCAAUUGGGACGGUGGCCCAUGAGUGGUUCAUGGGUGUCGCGGCUAUCACGGGGGAUUAUAAGAAUGCUACGACGACUGCCUUGAGUUACUGGGUUGGGUGUUUUGGAGAAGGCGUUCUUGGAAUUGCGCUCACGGAUACUUUCGGCACACCGGUUUUCCUGAAGGCUUUCAGCGAGCCGAUCAAACCUGUUGGGGAUUUGGAGGUUGGAGAAAGUAUUACUCCGGAUGACUCCGUUAAUGGCAAUGUUAAGAGUAAGACGUUUGCUGAAGUCUUUACUGGCGUACGACAGGAUUCUGGAGAUCCGGCCAAUUUUGUGAAAAUGAUGAAGGACUUUUAUGAUAGUCGAGGUAUCACUGAGAAGAAGACGAUAGUCUUCUCCGACUCCUUGAAUAUUGAUCUCUGUCUGGAGUACAAGAAAAUAUCUGACGAAGCUGGCUUCAAUACCUCAUUUGGUGUUGGAACCUUUUUCACGAAUGAUUUUGUACACCUAAAGACAGGUGCCAAGUCAACACCACUCAACAUUGUCAUCAAAUUGAGUUCUGCAGCUGGACACUCUGCGAUCAAGAUUAGUGAUAAUAUUGGCAAGAAUACGGGUGAUCAGGCCACUGUCCAGAAAGUCAAGAAAGACUUGGGAUAUGUGGAGAAGGAAUGGGCACAAGGAGAUGAAGCGAAACGAUGGGGGAGCGACGGAGUCGAGAAUAGCAAAUAACCCUAUUUUGACUGAAAUAUCCAGGCAAUACUAUCUUGGUGUCUAUCAUUUACAUCAGCGAGAUGCCUCGAGAUGCCCUCGAGGAUCCCGAAUAAAUCGGUCUGGACAUACCGUUUCCAGACCGAUAUUAUCUCCGAGUCUACUAGUAGCAACCCUUUUUUAGUUUACUGGUUCUAGAUGAACCACUAAGCUUCACCCAGGUCUUAGUAUAUACGGAGGUCGGUACUGUAAGUACAAAGCCCCAGGGUUGGGAGCAGAAAACUGCUGAAGAGGGAAUGGAUGUCUAGGGAGGAAUGGAUGAAGGAAGGAAGGAAGGAAGACAUGAAAACGAAACGAAAAAAUACCCCCCUUUUGCCUUUGGUUUAGGUAGAUAGACAGGCGUUAGGGAAAUCUUGAUUUACUUCUUUAUUAUUAUUCUUUUCGUUUGCUACUUCUUGUCAAUAUAGAUUAAAGGCUCAAGGCUGGGUGUGUUGUUAUACCAUAGCAUUGUAGUAAUUCAUGAUCUAAAUACUUUUUUCUUCUUUUGUAUAUAGGCACGAGAUAG